AUGGUUUCGAAACCGGAAGUUUUGUCGUUGUAUCGACAGUUUCUCAGAUACUCGUACAAGUUUGAAAACUACAACUUCAGAGAAUAUUUCCUUAGAAAGGCAAGAACGGAUUUCAAGAAACUGAAGGAUUUCCAAGGCGACAGUGCGGAAUUGCUGGAGAAGGCCCGUGCCGACUUAUCGGUGUUGAAAAGACAAUCGACAAUCUCGCAAAUGUACCACUUCGACAAGCUGGUGGUGGAAAAGGUUAAGAAUUAG